AUGAAUGGUCAUUCAGAGAUUGUGUCUGUCGCUUUUGUCAAAGCGGUGUAUGCCGAGGCCGUGCUGCGCGAGGAGGAGGCCAUCUCCCCCGACAUGCUGAGUGUGGCUCAGCAGCGAGAGAUGCAUAAAAACGCACAGAACUAUACCUUCCAAACGGAGGUGAACCGCAUGAUGAAGCUGAUCAUCAACUCGUUGUACAGAAACAAGGAGAUCUUCCUCCGGGAGCUGAUCUCUAACGGGUCGGAUGCCCUGGACAAGAUCCGGCUGCUGUCCCUGACGCAGCGCGAGGUGCUGGACGUGAACCCCGAGCUGAGCGUGCGCAUCAAGGCCGAGCCCGACAAGCGCCUCCUGCACAUCAUCGACUCGGGCGUGGGCAUGACCAAGAACGACCUCAUCACCAACCUCGGCACCAUCGCCAAGUCGGGCACCGCCGACUUCCUGUCCAAGAUGCAGGACGCGGAGAAGGGCGGCGCGCAGGAGAUGAACGACAUGAUCGGUCAGUUCGGAGUGGGCUUCUACUCCGCCUUCCUGGUGGCCGACAAGGUGACGGUGGUGUCCAAGCACGCGGACGACGACCAGCACGUGUGGGAGUCGGACGCCAACUCGUUCAGUGUGGCGCUCGACCCGCGCGGGAACACGCUCAAGAGAGGGACGCACAUCACGCUGCACAUGAAGGAGGAGGCUGCGGACUACCUCCAGCCGGACACCAUCCGCGCGCUCGUCAAGAAGUACUCGCAGUUCAUCAACUUCCCCAUACACCUGUGGGCCUCGAGGACGGAGACGGUGGAGGAGCCCGUGGAGCGGGACGAGGGAGGCGCGGAGGAAGAGGAGGAGGACGCUAAGGUGGAGUCCGAGGACAAGGCCGAGACCAAGAAGACCGAGAAGACCAUCUGGGACUGGGAGGUGAUGAACGACAACAAGCCUAUAUGGACCAGGAAGCCGGGCGAAGUGCAGGACGACGAGUACACGCAGUUCUACAAGAGUCUCACCAAGGACACGGCCGCGCCGCUCGCCAAAGCCCACUUCGUGGCGGAGGGCGAGGUGACGUUCCGCGCGCUGCUGUUCGUUCCCCGGGUGCAGCCCGCCGAGUCCUUCAACCGCUACGGCACCAAGACGGAUCACAUCAAGCUGUACGUGCGCCGCGUCUUCAUCACCGACGAGUUCAACGACCUCAUGCCCAACUACCUCGCCUUCAUACAGGGCAUCGUGGACUCGGACGACCUGCCGCUGAACGUGAGCCGGGAGACGCUCCAGCAACAUAAACUCAUUAAGAUCAUCAAAAAGAAGCUCGUGCGGAAGGCGCUCGACAUGCUCAAGAAGAUCCCCGACGACGAGUACGACCACUUCUGGAAGGAAUACUCCACCAACAUCAAGCUCGGCGUGAUGGAGGACCCGUCCAACCGCUCGCGCCUGGCCAAGCUGCUGCGGUUCCAGUCGUCGCGCGGCUCCGACAUGACCUUCCUGAGCGACUACGUCUCCCGCAUGAAGGAGGGCCAGUCCCACAUCUACUACAUCGCGGGCGCCAGCCGGGCCGAGGUGGAGCGCUCGCCCUUCGCCGAGCGUCUGGUCCGCGCCGGCUACGAGGUGCUGUAUCUCACGGAGGCCGUGGACGAGUACUGCCUGUCGUCGCUGCCCGAGUACGACGGGAAGAAGUUCCAGAACAUCGCCAAGGAGAUCUUCGACCUGGACGAGGACGACCGGCAGAAGGAGCAGCUGGAGGCGUACAAGAAGGAGUUCGAGCCGCUGACCAAGUGGCUCGGAGACAAGCUGUCGGCGUGGAUCACGCGCGCACAGGUGUCGCGGCGCCUGGCCCGCUCGCCCGCCGCGCUCGCCGCCACCGCCUUCGGCUGGACCGGCAACAUGGAGCGGCUCGCCAUGUCCAACGCGCACCAGAAGGCGGACGACGCGCAGCGGAGACACCACCUCACGCAGAAGAAGACGCUGGAGAUCAACCCGCGGCACCCCGUGGUGAGGGAGCUGCUGCGGCGCGUGCGGGAUGACCCCGACGACCCGCUGGCGCUGGACGCGGCGCGCACCCUGCACCGGACGGCCGCGCUGCGCUCCGGGUACAUGCUGCAGGAGGGACAGGCCGCGGAGCUGGCCGACCAGGUGGACGACAUGCUGCAGCGGGCGCUCGGCCUGACGCCCUCUACCGGGAUAGAAGAGGAGGACGAGCUGGAACACGAGCCCGCCGCUGACGAGCACGAGCUGGACGCGGAGGACGACGCGCACGACGAGCUGUAA